AGGGUGCUGCCGGUGUCUCAGUUCCAGCGAGGCCAGGAGGAUGGAAUACACCCGCUACGCCUGAGAGUGACGAUGAGGGGAAGAUGUCGCGCACUACCAGCACCAUCUACCAGUCAUUCACGUCACCAACGUCAACGCUGAACGAGAACUACCAGCAGGCGGAGUCACUGUCGCGCGAGCUCAGCACGGCGGGCACGGCUACGCCGGGAACAUCGGACAGCGAGGGAUUCUUUAUGCUGAAGAAGGACUCGGAACGACGGGCGACGCUGGUGCGAGUGCUUGAACAGGACAGGGACAAGAUCUGUGAGGUGUGGCUUCAGCUGGUGCACAAGGACGCUAAGGAUACAGCGCUGACUACCGACCACCUGCAUGUGCUCAUCAUGGGCAUGAGGGAAUCGAUCGCUAGCAAUAGCAAGCUCUACGUUCACGACACAAUACUUACUCUCAAGGAGGAUCUCAAGUUUGCGGAGACUGCUCUUGUGCAUCUCAAACUGGCCCUCUACGUCUUCCAAGACGCGGUUAAUGAGGUGUUGAAGCAGCACAGCAUCAAACCACACUGGAUGUUUGCGUUGGAUAAUCUCGUGCGAGGUGUCGUCAACGCUGCCAUGCAGGUGCUCGUGCCAG